GUUGGAAAACAUCAACGUGUGUCUAUCGUUUCUGCACAGCCAGCAUGUCGCCGGCAUCGAGAACGUCUCGGCGCAAGAACUGCGAGACGGCAAGUUGAAGGCUAUUUUGGCGCUCUUCUUCGCCCUUUCGCGCCACAAGCAAGCCGCGAAAGCUGGCAGGCAUCAAGUCUCCGCGCAACAGCAGCAGCAGGACAUGACUCCUAAUAGAUCAUCAGCAAUAGUUCACAAAGGUGGCAGCAGCAUCCCACUACCGGGAUCUUCCCUACCAGCUCGAAGAUGCCCCCCGGACAAAGUUCGUCCGGUAGCGAGCAGCUCCAGAAGUACCAGUCCAGCAUUGUCAAUGAUCCCAAGAGCACCGCCCACUCAAAUAGCGAGCCCGUACCAAAGCAACAAUCAAUCGCAAAAGAACUCAAUGCUGGAUAAGCUCAAGUUGUUUAAAAAUAACGAUAAACCUGUACCGGUUAGUAAUGGGAAAAGGACCAGUAGUUCUAGUGGAGUAUCGUCGGCUAGGAGUGAACGUAGCGACUCCAGUAGUAUCAGCAUAGAACAUAGUGUUGAUCUUAAACCUGUGAGGAAUACUUCAAGGUUAAAACAAACCCGUCCCAGCAAGCCAACCCAAGUCAAAAACAGUCCAAACUCUAGUAAAAAAGAAGUUACCAACAAAUCCAACAAAAUAGCUGCAGACGUAGAAAAACACGCCUAUAAAAUUGCAAACCUGCCUACCACCAAACUAGCUGAACCUAAAAUUAGAGUUACGGUCAGUAAGGAACCUCAAAAUAAAGUUACUCACCUACCAGUACAUAAUGGUAGUUUACCGGGGGUUGGUACUGGUAUCCCCAAACCUACAGCUGCGGUUAAAGGUACUAGCAAGAUUUCUAGAGAUACGAGUGUGACUUCUUUAAAAGGACUUAAUGGCACUUCUGUUUCUAGAGAAAAUUCACAAUUAUCGUUGAAACAGCAGAAACCUACUGUUGCUCUAAUUUCGCCAAUAAAAAAUGAAAAAGAUCCGCAACUAUCUGAAAGCAGUCAUAGUGCUAGUACUGGGCAUCACAGUAAUUCCAGCGAGAGUUCUGUUAUUUACAAACCUUCAAGCGAAAGUGGUUCUGACCAUCCUAAUAUCAUACCAAAUAGGAAAGAGCCUGUUAACUACAUCACCGCUGUAACUGACCAAUCUCCUCCACCUCCAGCACCGCAAACUCCUAAGGAUUCCUCCAACGAAGCUGAUAAUCUACAUAACAACGACAAAGAAGCUAAUAACAUAUCUUAUAAUAACAUAGUCAAUAGAGAAAAAAUAGAUAUAUCUAAGGACAGGGAAAAAGACAUACUGAACCAUAUCAAAGAGGUCUAUUUAGAGGACAAAGAUGAAAACUUAUCAAUUGAACCAAUGCGGCCUUUUACUUCGGGGUUAUUGUAGUACUUUGACGUUACCCGCGAGACAGAGACAGUACCAGAGGGUGCAGCCCGACGGAGGGUCCGAUUAUUGUGAGAUCGCUUUGGCAAAUGGAUACCUAUCUGAUGGUGAAAUAUUAAGGAAUACCGUGGUUAUGGAUAUUGGAGAUGGGUAUAUGUCUGAAGGGGGGGUCUAUUUUGUAUGCCAGGAGAUUGCAAACGAUGCCGUCACAUCUUCCAAAUGGUACCCCUCGUCUCCCCACCGGCCUCACCGUGUUGACAGAACAAUCCAGUCGCAGGGGGGGCUCCAGCGAGUCUCCCCCACCUCCUCCCGCUCCCCGCGUCACCUCCAAAUCGUCCAGAAACGGCGUUUCUAUCCAACAAGACACCAAACACUCCAACCAAGAAAUUAAACACGCCCAUCACCAACAGUGGAAGCGAUACACUGAUUCACCAGGUGUGGGAUCUCCUCCGCCACCGCCGCCCGCGCCGGCGCCUUUGAGUCCGACGCAAGGGAGAAGGGAGAGAAGGACCAGCCCGCAUGGCAGUGGAGGGGGGAGCGGCAACAAAGAGAAGAGUGGAAAAGGAGCUAGAGGCGUACCCCAGAGUUUCGGGUAUUUUAAAAGGAAUGGAUCGGGAGUAAAUGGGGCGGUGAAUGGAACAAGCAAUGGGCAGAACGUACAAAUAAUCCAGAAUCAAACUCCGGGAAAAACUGCAGCUGUCUCGGCCGUACCCAGAACCAAAGUUAAAGUUUCAGGAGGCACUCAAACUUGUUCUAGCGAUCUUCAACCAACACACAAAACAAGUCCUCCUCAAUUCAAAAGCUACUCCCUUACCGGCAACACUGCGAACCAGCUGAGCCAGUCUGUGCGAGAACGCCUGAUGAUGGGAUCACAAAGUCUUCCAAAAGGUGCCGGUGGCACCCAUCAAGAAUAUAGUUUGGUGAUGCGACAAGUCAGGCCCAAAGCCAGCGAUGGGUCCCUAUCCGAUACCCAAGCCCUUGAGAAUAAUAGCAGCGCUUAUGCUCCAUGGUUACGACAUAGCAAUACUUACUCAGUGGCACCCAGACUUUCAGAAACAGAUAGUAUGGAAUCUUUAACAAGUCUACCAGGCCACAGAAGCAGUUUGACGCACGCAAGAUUAUUAAGGGAUUCCCCAUCGAGGUUGAGUCGAAGCAAUAGUAUAAGAUCUACUAAAUCAGAAAAAUUAUACCCCUCGAUGCUGCAUCGUAAUACAGAACCCGAAACAGAGCCUUACUAUUGUCUACCAAUUGGCAGCCUUAGCCACUGGUCACAACCUACCAGUCCGGCCCCCGGCAGUGCAAGGACGUUCCCGCUUUCCCCCACACAUUCUAGUACACCAAGACAUAGUAUACCGAAGAAUGAUGAUGUGCACGGAUCGUCGAUAAGUUUGGUUUCAACAGCCUCGAGUUUGUACUCUUCUGCUGAAGAAAAACAAGCACACGAAAUUAGAAAACUACGAAGGGAACUGACAGAAGCUCAAGAAAAAGUUCACACGCUCACGUCACAACUCAGCACUAAUGCUCACGUGGUCUCAGCCUUCGAGCAGAGUCUCACUUCUAUGACGCAAAGACUUCAACAUUUAACUGCCACAUCAGAGAAGAAGGAAAGCGAACUCCAAGAGCUUCGACAAGCCAUGGACGCUCUCCGCGCUCAAUCCAUCCAAGCCGGUAUAGGCUCCACCCUAGCCCGUCAACCUUCUUCUGACAGCGUCUCGAGUCUCUCUUCCGCCUGCAGCCUCGACAAACACGACAAGAAAAAGAAGAAAGGCUGGUUGCGUAGUUCGUUCACCAAAGCAUUUUCGCGGAACGCCAAAGUCAGCAAAGUCCAAUGUCAAAGCGAUAAUACAGAAGAAAGAACACACAGUCCCCUUCCGGUACCACCAACGGAUCCGGGACUCGAAGUGGUCGAGCUCCAGAAGCAGCUCAGAGAGAAGGAUUUGGUUUUGACGGAUAUAAGGUUGGAAGCGUUGAGUUCUGCACAUCAGUUGGAGAGUUUAAAAGAUACCGUUAUGAAAAUGAGGAGUGAAAUGUUGAGUCUAAAACAAAAUAACGAACGACUUCAGAGGAUGGUCACCGGAACUCCUAAUUUACCUACAGAUCUCACCGAUACGAGAAGUAGUAAUAGUAUCGAUGCCUUAAGUGACCUCAUUCCUACCGAAGAACCUGCGCCUGAAGUGGAAACUGACGGCAAACGAAUAGCAAUUUCCGUAUAUUUAGGACAACCACAAAGUUUUGACAAGUAUUAUUUGGAUCAUUACGGGUAUGACGGCUUAAGUGAUAAUGCCAAUACUGAAAUAUCUAUAGCUCAUACUAACAUAGGUGCCGCAUCCUCAUGGGCACAACUCGACAACGCUGUCAGGAGAGCAUUCAAGCAAUACGUUGCCAGAUUGGAUCCUGGAGGUGGAUUAGGGUUAGGUAGCGACGCCAUAGCUAGUUAUAAAUUAGGAGAAGCAGAAAGAAAACCAGAUUCCGGCCCUCCAGACCUCCUUCCUGUAGGCUACGCGGUCGGUAGAGUAUCAAACUUACACGUUGUUCUGCAACCCGUAGCAGCCUUAGCUUUCGAAGCCUUAAUACCAAAAGGGGUUGCGCAACGACUGGUCUCUUUGUUAGCGGAGCACAGGAGAUUGGUGCUAUGUGGAGCACCCGGUACCGGAAAGACGCAUUUGGCAACUAGAUUGGCUGAAUUUCAUGCACAGAGUCUCGGAAGAGAUCCAGCAGAAGCUGUGGCUACUUUCAAUGUUGACAACAAAUCUGGCAAAGAACUUCGUCAAUACCUAAAUCAUCUCAGUGAACAAGCCGCCGCAGGUGACAACAGCGUUCUUCCUUGCGUGGUGGUUCUGGACAACCUUCAUAAAGCCGGCACCUUAGCGGAUGCAUUAGGCUCUCUGCCUCGAAAUUUACCUUGCCUAUUAGGAACCAUGGCGCAGAGUGCUUGCUCUGCGACUAGCCUUCAACUUCAACACGGUUUUAGAUGGGUCCUCGUUGCACCACAUAUGGAACCCGCUAGGGGAUUGCUAGGAAGAGUUUUGAGAAGGAGGUUGGCUGCAUUGGAACUAGAACAGGGUCCACAACCGGAAUUGGCUGCAAUUUUGGGAUGGUUACCAAGAGUGUGGCAGCAUCUGAACGCUUUUCUGGAGACGCAUAGCAGCGGAGAUGUUGCUAUCGGUCCCAGAUUAUUCUUAAGUUGUCCACUGGAGCUGGAUGCAGCUCGAGCAUGGUUUGCCGACGUCUGGAAUUACUCCCUAGCGCCUUACCUGAGAGAAGCAGCUCGUGAAGGUCUCCAACUUUACGGUCGUCGAGCUCCUUGGACGGACCCCACCCAAUUCAUCCUUGAUACGUACCCUUGGCCAGGUUCGCCACCUCAGGGAUUAACCACAAUUUCUGCCAAAGACGUGGGGCUCGAAGUGGGUCCUUCGGCACAAUCCGAAAACGAAGCUGAUCCCCUGUUAAAUAUGUUGAUGAGGUUGCAAGAAGCCGCGAAUUAUUCCAGUCCGCAUUCGAACGAUUCGGAUUGUAAUAGUUUGGACUCGAAUUUAACCAAUGGGGGUAAUUUAGGGACCGAGAAUGUUUCGCAGGUUUGAAAAUAAUUAAAAUUUGAACUGUAAAAGUGUAUUGUAAGGAAACUGGUCGGUUUUUAAGAUGGUAUUUUUUCCUUGUUUAUUGGAUACAAAUUCUCGUAGGAAAGAUUUUGAUAUUAAUAUUUAAAUUAUUAUUUUUGAACAAGGCCCUCCAUUUGAAUAAUUAUUUUCCAUUAUUAAUGUUGGUACAUACAAUUAGGUUAAAUAAAAGAAAAUAGUACAUACACAUGUCUUCCAAUUGAAUUGUCCCGUCUAAAUAUACGUUACUAUAUUUUUAUUAGAAAUAUCUAUAUAACAGAUCUUAUAAAAAUCCAACUGACAAACUUAUAUUAGAAUUCAACCCCAACCAAUCAUGAUAUUACGAAAAAUAGUUUUUGGAAAGGCAAUUUAUUGCUUUAAUUUAAAAAAAACGAAAGACUAUUUGCAGUAAAUAUUUUAUAAAUUGAAGAUCUCGGUCGUAAAACUUGUUAACUGACAAAAAGUAAAUUUUAUAAGAAUUGUGUUUUUUAAAUAGCAAAAAAAUGUAUUUUGAGCAGUAUUAUCAUCUCGUAUAUCCCCCGUAAACACACAUAAUAUAAACGGAAAUAAUCAAAUACUAGUCAAAAUAUUAUCGAUCGGAGCACCAUCUUUACUACAUUACAUGAAGUAAUUAUUGAUUUUUCGGGGUUGGUUUAGAGUUAAAUUAGACGCCAUUUUUGGUCCAAAUUCGUUUUGACAUGUUUUUUCAAAGAAAGUGACUUAUAAAUUUCAAAUCUACACGUUUUGAAAAAUAUACAAUAUUUAAAUAUUCUGAGUGUACCAAAUUCCAAGUAAAGGUUGAACUUAGGUCGUAUUACAUUUUUUUUUAUUAUUUGUUUGACAUGGAGGUUAAAAUAAUUCUACACGGCACCUUUGAGAUUAAAUAAAAGGGGGUUAUUUUACAUGAUUGGUUUUUAUUGAAAAUAAUAAAUUUAUUAAUUUUCAAUAGUAAGGUGACCUAAGUUAGACCUUUAUUUUUAAUUUGGCCAAAAAUUAGAUUUUUAAACACUACAUAUUCGGAAAACUGUCGAUUUAACUUUUGGUCUACACAUACACUUUUAAUACACAGGGAUACCCCGUCCUUAAGUCACAUGUCCUAAGUAAAUCCUAAGGAUCAUCAUGAAACAAUAUACUAUUUACAUCAUCGCUGCGUUUUUAAAGAAUCUACCUCAAUCACAAAGCUUAAGAGUCGUUUUUGAUGGUUCAGCUAAAUCAUCAUCAGAUAUUUAAUAAUAGUUCUUCUUACAAUAAAAUUACAUUUCUUGUAAAAACACAUUUUAAAAAUUUAAAAUUAAAACCACCAAACAAAAAACCUUCAUCAAUAUUCCUCUUGAUUCCACCCGAACUUUCACUUCGCGUCCAGCCGUCGUUCAUCGUUAUUCAACGAUAAUAUUUGGCUACUUUUAAAAUGGUCCAGUUACACCAACCAAAAGGACAAUUUUUAUUAUUUCCAUUCAAGGGGGACCUUUUUUUGAUUAAAUACGAUUCAUUUUGAAUUUUUUUAAAUUUAUUUAGGAUCUGUUAUCUUUCACUUCUAAAAUACUCAGAUACCGAUUUUUCGAAAUGUUUUACGAGCGAGAUCUUCAAUUAUUGUUCCUUAGCGGACUUGUUGAUUUGGAAUAAAUCCGAAUAAAGAAACAACACUUUAUGAUUCUGGAUCGCUUUAAAAUUAUUUUUACUGUCUUUUAUUAGACAGUAAAAAAUGUAUGUAUUUAAAUAGGUUCAUUAUUUUGCUUACUUUUGGUCAUGUGAUUAGUUUUUAAACACAUGUGUCUUUUUACUUUGCCUUAUUUUAUACUUUUUGUAGUAGAACCUUCCCUUGAUAAUAUAAUAUGUUUAUAAACAUUAAUGUCAAAAUCUAUUCUACAAUCUAACACAACAAAUUAAAAAUAACUAAAUGUUUAACAUAUUUUAAAAUUGUGUUAAAAUAUACAUAAAAAAACGAACAGUUUCUUGACAAAUUGCAUCCUAUUAGCCCUAAAGCGUAACUUGACUAUAACAGAAGUGCUUAAAAUGUUCUUGUAACAUAGUGUUAAAGCCCUAUUUAUUUUAUGAAAUAUACACAACUUUUUAUAACGCGCUUAAAAUCAAAUCUCAAUAAUAAAUACUUGAGCCGGUUUUCCGGAUUAUACAGGAUGUCCAAAAUAGCUACAAAUUCUCAAUAAAAAAUAUAAAGAAUUUUGUAAUUUAGUGUUUACAAAAAUUUAUUUUGGGCAUGUUGUGUAUUUCUCGUUUUGCCUUUAUUAUUUUUUUUUAGUUUAUUUACGAGUUUUUUCUGGUCAUAG